AUGGCUCCUCUUUAUCUAAGUCUAUGCGCCAUGUUUUUCUGUAUUGUGGAUAAUUGUGGUGCCAUUGAAGCUGUUCAAAGCCCCUUUAACCAAAAUUAUGUCCCUUCUUGGGGAUUUGAUCAUAUCACUUAUAUGAAUCAAAACACGGAAGUUCAAAUUCGAAUCGAUCCUAGCUCUGGAGGUGGAUUUAUAUCGAGACUCGCAUAUGGUUCCGGAGAUUUUCAAAUGAGCGUCAAAAUUCCUCCAAAUAAUUCUAGUGGAAUUAUUACUACAUUUUAUUUAACUUCAGUUGGCAAUAAUGCUCAAGGAGGAUCAAAUAACGACGAGCUCGAUUUUGAGUUAUUAGGCCACAAUGGACCUCCCUACACACUAAGUACUAAUGUCUUUGCUCAAGAUUCUGGAAAUAGGGAGAAACAAUUCCAGCUUUGGUUUGAUCCAACGUUGGAUUUUCAUGACUAUAGGCUUUUGUGGAAUCCCAAGCAAAUAGUCUUUUUCGUAGAUCAAAUACCCAUUCGAGUCUUUAAGAAUAACGAGAGGAUUGGGGUGAAUUAUCCGAAGCUUCCAAUGUACAUACGCGCAAGCCUAUGGAACGGGACCCAGUGGCUAGGGCCAGUUGACUGGAGCCAUGGUCCAUUUUCCGCUAACUACCGUCAGUUUGAGAUUGUUGGUUGCCCUUACGAUAAUUCCAAACCUCAAGAUCAAUGCAUGUCAUCAAAUUACCCAUGGAACGCACCUGAUAAGUGGCAGCUUGACCCGAGACAACAAAAAUUGUACGAGGAUUAUACAAAGAGAUACACCACUUACAAUUAUUGCCAGUCCAAAUAUGUGGCAGACUUCCCCGAGUGCCAGAUUUCAUCAUGA